AUGGCUGAACAACAUCAGAUCACGGUGAACGGGCGACUUGUCGACGUCUGGCGAUUCAACAGAGCCCAACAAGAGUCUGGCGUCCUCGCGAUCGUCUUCCUAGACGAAUUCCAAGACGAACUUCGGCGCCAGCUACUAGGUCCAACACGUCCCACGAAACAAGAAGAACUCUCGAAACUCCAGAAAGCGCUUCGCUCACGGGCAGCGCUCCGGUCAGAACUCACUCUGGGAAUGCGAGCUCUCUUCGCAGCGAGCGACGACAGCCACAUGCGGAUGACCCACGAGGCGUUUCGGCGGAUCUGGUCCGUGGAGAAGGUGGAGGCGCUGGUGGAGUGUCUGUUGGGAGAGGCGGAGGCUCUGGCGGAGGAAGUCGGUGGGGAGGAGGGGGAAGAGAUCAGGGGAUACUUUGGCGUCGGGUGGCUUGAUGCUUGA